AUGGUUGCCUCCAAGCGCAAACAAAAGUCAACCUCCCCUGAGGCAGCUGAUGGCAAGGAAAAUGUCAAUCAGCACGACCAAGACGAGAUGCUUCCCGACCCUAAGCUAGCCCAACAUCCUGACGAGGAUGGGUGUGAAAUUUGCAAGCCCCUGUCCAAGAAGCAGAACAAGUCUUCUUCCCGCUCCAACUCUGCCUCUCCCUCCAAAGACAGUUGCCGAUCUGCCGUCAUCGCUGGAGAACCCGAGGUGGAGAAAAAGUACGGUGCUUCCGCCUAUGCCAAGUCUGGUGAGGGAUGGCACCGGUCUGACCUCAAUCCUUGUCCUAAGGGUCGCAGGGAUGGCAAGACUGCUCUUCAGGUUCUUGAGGUUGCACUUGAAUCGCACGCUCUUAACAAGCACAACGACACGGGAGACGCAAAGAACGUCGUUUACUGGAUCAGAAUGCACGAUUUACGCAUUCAUGACAACCGAGCACUUGCACAUGCUUCCUCCCUCGCUGCUGCCCGCAGGAAGAAAGGCAAAGGUGGAAAUCUCGUCGCUUUGUUUAUGAUCACUCCCGCAGACUACAGGGCACACGACAGAGGCGCACGAAGGGUCGACUUUGUUCUUCGCACUCUCGCCAGCCUCAAGUCUGGAUUCGAAAAGCUCAACAUCCCUUUCGUCGUAUACACCUACGAGGGCGAGCGCAUAAAGGCAGGCGAAAAGGUGCUUGAGCUGUGCAAGCAGUGGAAUGCUUCCCAACUCACAGCUAACUUCGAGUAUGAGGUCGACGAGCUCUGGCGUGACCUCGGUGUGGUCCAGCAAGCUCGCAAGUCAGGAGAUGUGGCGUUUAGCAUGUUCCACGAUAACUAUGUCCUCCCUCCUGGUCGAGUGGCCACUAACGACGGUCGACCAUACAGCGUUUUUUCGCCUUGGAACAAGAAAUGGGCCGAUGUUAUCUCCAAAGACAUGUCUCUCAUCGAAGCUUCUCCUGACCCAGAGCCUAACGACAAGUCCAUUCACAUCGACUCCACUCUUGGCCGACUCUUGAACCUUGACAAGCUUGGAAAAAGUUUCGGCAUCCCCAAAGAGCUGCGCGGUUUCGAAUGCAAGGAUCGCGAAUACAUGGCCAAGCUUUGGCCGGUCAGUGAUGAUGCUCCAUGUCAAGUGCUCGACAACUUUAUCAGGGGUAAAGGUGGAGAGACCGCGCUCGAUCGACCAGCCAACGAACCUAGCACCAAGCAAGUCCAAGGCAAUGCAAAGGAUUCACGUCUCGGUAGGUAUGUUGAGGGAAGGAAUCUGAUGAACGAGAACGGCGCAUCUCGUAUCUCGCCAUACCUCGCUGCCGGUCUCGUGUCGGCUCGGGAAUGCUUGCGCCGGACCAAAGAGCUUACUAAGGGUCGCUUGCAUGUGGGAAGAGACUCGGGAGCAGCUAUGUGGAACACCGAAAUCUCUUUCCGCGACUUUUACGGCCACGUUCUAGCCGCUUGGCCGAAAGUUUGCAUGGGUCAUGCAUUUAUAGCCAAAUACGAGCAUGUCAAGUGGGAAAGCGACCCUAAGACUCUUCAGGCUUGGAAGGAGGGCAAAACAGGAUACCCUAUCGUAGACGCCGCUCAACGACAGUGCAUAAAGCAAGGCUACAUUCACAACCGAGGUCGUAUGAUCACGGCUAUGUUCCUCACCAAGCAUCUGCUGCACGACUGGAGGGAGGGAGAGCGGCACUUUUCCCUCAACUUCAUCGACCAGGACUUUGCCAGCAACAACGGUGGUUGGCAGUGGAGUGCUAGCACAGGUACCGACCCUCAGCCAUACUUCAGAAUCUUCAACCCGCUUAGUCAGUCCGAGAAGAGCGAUCCUCAGGGAGACUACAUCAGACACUUUGUUCCCGAGCUGCGAGGAGUCAAGGGCAACGCGAUUCACGAUCCAUUCAAGAGGUUGAGCAAGGCAGAGUUCGAAAAGCUCGGAUAUCCCAAACCGAUUGUCGAGCAUACAGAGGCUAGGCGGAGGGCGUUGAGGAGGUACAAGAACCCUGGUGAUGAAUAG